GUGGGCUAGGAGGCGGGAGGCUGGAGGCGGGAGGCGGGACCUGAGCCCGGGCGGGGACGCCGGGGCGGGGAGGCCAUGGCGGGGCCCGGGCGCUGGGGCCCCCUGCUCCUGUGCCUGCUGCAGGCAGCUCCAGGGAGACCCCGUCUGGCCCCUCCCCAGAAUGUGACACUGCUCUCCCAGAACUUCAGCGUGUACCUGACAUGGCUCCCAGGGCUUGGCAACCCCCAGGAUGUGACCUAUGUUGUGGCCUAUCAGAGCUCUCCCACCCCUGGACGGUGGCGCAAAGUUGAAAAAUGUGCAGGAACCAAGGAGCUGGUGUGUUCUCUGAUGUGCCUGAAGAAACAGGACCUGUACAACAAGUUCAAAGGGCGCGUGCGGACGGUUUCUCCCAGCUCCAAGUCCCCCUGGGUAGAGUCCGAAUACCUGGAUUACCUUUUUGAAGUGGAGCCGGCCCCACCUCUCCUGGUGCUCACCCAGACGGAGGAGAUCCUGAGUGUCAAUGCCACCUACCAGCUGCCCCCCUGCAUGCCCCCACUGGAUCUGAAGUAUGAGGUGGCAUUCUGGAAGGAGGAGGCCGGAAACAAGGUAGGAAGCUCCUUUCCUGCCCCCAGGCUAUACCCGCUCCUCCAAUUCACACUCCGGUUCUCACCCUUCCAGCCUGCCCCUGCACGCCUCCUCCAGGAAGCCUUCCCUGCAGCGUUGACACUCCUGACGCCCUGCAUCCUCCGGAUUCCAGGGAAUAUAGAUCUCAAUCCACUUUUCUGCUCCUCUCUCCCCUCCCCAUAUCAGGACUUUUCUGGACACACACACCCUGUGGCAACCUUUCAGCCCAGCAGACCAGAAUCCCUGAAUGACUUGCUCCUCCGUCCACAAAAGGAGCUGACCAGAGGGGUUAGGACCACGCCUAGAGUCAGGGCCCCAGCCACCCAGCAGGCAGGACGGACAAAGGCACUUGCGGAAGACAAGGAGGAAGAGGAGGAGGACAUGGAAGAUGGCGUCAGCUUCCAGCCCUACAUUGAACCGCCCUCUUUCCUGGGGCAACAGCGCCAGGUUCCAGAGCACUCAGAGGCAGGUGAGGUGGACUCAGGGAGGCCCAGGGCUCCCCUGGACCCAGGCGAAGGCUCUUCUGCUUGGGAUUCUUCAGACAGAAGCUGGGCCAGCACUAUGGACUCCUCCUGGGACAGGGCUGGAUCCUCUGGCUAUUUGUCUGAGAAGGGGCCAGGCCAAGGGUCAGGUGGGGACGGGCACCAAGCGCCUCUCCCAUCGCUGGAAUUCUCCAAGGACUCGGGUUUCCUGGAAGAGCUCCCAAAAGACGACCUCUCCUCCUGGGCCACCUGGGGCACCUUACCACCAGCAUCGAAUCUGGUCUCUGGGGAGCUCCCAGUUUCUUUUCGGACACUGACCGUCUGCUGGGACAGCAGCCCUGAAGAGGAAGAGGAAGAAGAGGAGGUGAGGGAAUCAGAAAUUGAGGACAGUGGUCCGGGCAGCUGGGGGGCUGAGAGCACCCAGAGGACUGAGGAGAGGACACUAGGGCAUUACAUGGCCAGGUGAGCUCUCCCCCGGCUUCCACCGACUGUGAUGCCUCUGCCUUUGCGAGGACUACUGGGCUUCCCAAGAAACUCGAAAGCCUCCAUACUUCCCCUAGAGGGCAGAGGGGCAUUGCACUUCCAGGACGUCCACCUAGCAGUGGUUUGUCUGCCAGGCUCAGCAAUAAGAGGCCCCUUCCUCCUGUGACCCACCACUUUAGGCAGAGCUACAAGAGGGGUGGACACAGAGUGGGCUGAGGUCAGAGGUUGGUGGGGUGACAGGCCAGGGGGAAAAAUUAUCCCAGGACAGCACAAAACAGGUGAGGUCAGGUCACAGCAGACAUCAAGGGCAGACACCAGCAAGGGGCCCUCUGGAACUUGGGACCUCUGGAAGCACACCCGCUAUACCUCAUGCCUUUCCCAGCAGCCACUGAGCUCCCCGACCCCAGGGCUCAGCCUCUUGAUUCAUGGGUUCCCUAGGUUAGGCCCAGAUUAAAAUCCAGUUGGCCGAGGGUUUUGGAUGGGAAGGGAAAGGUGGCUGUCCUCAAAUCCUGGUCUUUGGAGUCAUGGCACUAUACGGUUUUCAGUGUCAGGCCGGGGUUCAAAUCCCAGCUCUGCUGUUCACUGACUGUUGAUCUUGGGGAAGCCACCUCCCCUCUCUACCUCGGCUUCCUCGUCUGCAGCUACACCUGGGUGUCGUGAGGGUUCUCGGGGAUCUCAGCCAUGUGUAGCACGGAGCCCUCUGUGUCCUUGGUGCUCUCUAUGUGGUGGCUGGUAGAAUUCUCCAUCCAUCCAGGCUCCAGGAGACCCCUUGGCAUCUCCCACCUGUGGCCCCUAAACCCAGAGUGACAGAGCACUCACCAUUCAGCCUGUCUCAUCCCCCAUCUACCUCCUUCCUUCUACCCUCACUGCCUCCCCAUCAGGAGAUCAAGCUCUCAGAAGCCAGAGCCCCACCCAAGGGGACCCUGGUCUCUCCACCAUUACCCAGCAAUGGGAACCCUGCUUCCCAGGGAAGGAACCAAGUGCUCCACCUUCUAGGGACCCAGUUUGUUGGAGUAGGACAGUAACAUGGCAGGAAUCGGACUUCUAGGCCCAUAAGCCCUGUUUGGACAGCACUUUAGACCCUUGGUUGACUAUUGAGAUCCUAAGAAGUCUCAUUCUCCUUAUAAGAAACCAAUGCCUUCUAUUGGUUGCAUCACCA